CCGGAAUCAAAUCUCCGGAAAGAUGAAGUUAAUUUCUCAACACUUCUUGGCCAGAACUGCGAGAAAUACAGAAAGAUUCCUCUCUAGGAAGAUCUUUUCCUUCUCCAGGAAGAAAGAUCAUGGAACAUUCUGUCCAGUUUCACCAGGCUCUGUUAGUCCUGAGCGUUUGAUUCCCAGUCACAUCACUGCCCCACCUUAUUACCACACCCCACAGACCCCAUCAUCAACAAUGGGUGAGGUGGAGAUAAAAUCUGUGGAAGUUAUAGCCAAAAUGCGAGAGAGCUGCAAACUAGCUGCGAGAAUUCUCAAUGAAUGCCGGGAAGUUGUCCAGGUGGGCAGAACAACGGAUGACAUUGAUGAAUUUGUCCAUGAAAAAAUUAUCAAAGCUGGUGCUUAUCCAUCUCCACUGAGAUACUGCGGAUUCCCCAAAUCUGUUUGUACCUCUGUGAACAAUGUUGCCUGCCACGGAAUUCCUGAUGAUCGGAAGCUUGAGGAUGGGGAUUUAAUCAAUGUGGACAUUACAGUGUACCACCAAGGCUUCCAUGGGGAUUGCUCAAGGACUUUCCUUGUGGGCAAUGUGGAUGACUUGGGCAGGAAGCUGGCUAAAGUGGCAGAAGAAUGCCUAAUGCUGGGUAUUGAGGCGUGUGGACCCAACCGGAUGUUUUCCAGGAUUGGAAGUUGCAUUGAAAGCCACGCCAGGAAGCACGGAUUCAGUGUAAUCCCGGCAUUUAUUGGCCAUGGCAUUGGCUCAUACUUUCACGGCCCACCGGAAAUUUUGCAUUUUAAGAAUUCCGUGGGUGGCUUCAUGAAGCCCGGCAUGGUGUUCACUGUGGAGCCCGUAAUCUCCACUGGAGGUCAGGAAGUGGAGAUCCUCGAGGAUGGCUGGACAGCGGUAAGUUGUGACGGUGCCAGGAGUGCUCAAUUUGAGCACACAGUUCUCAUCACAGACUCCAACGUGGAGAUUCUCACGCUUCCUGAUUGACCGUGAAGUUUGUUGCUCCCAAGUGUGUGUAGAGAUUAAAGGAAAUAAAAAACUGUCUUUGGGGUGCCUAAA